AUGAAAACGAAUGAUCAUCAUUCACCCACAACGAUCGUACAAUUAAUUGAUCUUCAUAGUGUGGAUUAUCAUCAUGAUGAUGAUUUAGAUCAUUCCAUAUUUAUUACUUCUCUGUUUCAUAAAUUAUGUAAACGCAUGAGAAAGAAACAACGUAAAAUCUUUCAAGGAAAUUUUACAUUGGUGCAUACGAUUGAACAAGAUCACGCCAUGACUCCCUAUGUAUUACGGAUUUCAUAUCUCUAUAAUUGUAUUAUGGUCGGAAAUGCAGGAGAUAGGAAUUAUCUCAGUCUUUUUGAUUUAAAUACGAAACAACAUUUACGUAAUGUAGUGUUACCACAACUGCCAUAUUAUUUGUGUGUUGAAGAAUCAAAUAUUGAUCAUCAAUUGGUAUCAAAAAAUACCAAACAUUAUUCAAAUUUGAUUAUCAUGUUUGAAGGGAUGAUGAGAAAAUAUAAAUUAAGAGAUUUGAUGUUCUCUAGUAAGGAUAAUAAUGAAGUAUUGAAAAAUGUUGAAAAUCAACAACAACAAUUAAUGGCCACCCAUAAGGAUGGUGAAGAAUCGACAAGUCCGCCCAGUGCUGCACACUUGUGGCAAAUAGACAAUAUGGAAAACGCAUCUUCAGUAACAAUCAAAUACUCUCAUUGUCCCUCAGAGAAUAUAAUUUAUACGUGUUGGAAAGAAGAAAUAUGGAUGAUCCGUUCAGAGAAUGGUGAAAAAUUGAAGGCUCUCCAAAUACUCAACUAUCCAACGACAAAUAUUCAUUGUUUAGAAUACACAUCAAGAGGCGACAUUAUUAUGUGUGAUGAUAACACAUGUUACAAAUUAAGGGAACAAGCGGAUGGUAAUUGGGAAUCAGUUUUAUGUUUUGGAGAAAAUAGCAGCUUGAUGAAUGUGGUAGAAGUAAUAUACGAAGACAAAAGUGGUCAUUCUAUUGUGUGCUCUCAUUCGAAAAGCAAUGGCAAAAUUGUGAUAUUUCACGAAAAUGGAGAGGUUUUUAAAGAAUACUCAUGUGACACCAUCUCAUGUUGUGUCAAUGAAAGGAAUGGCCAGUUAAUUGUUGCCAGCCAUUAUGACCAUAAAAUUUGCUUUUAUUGUUAA